AUGUCGGACUCCCUUCUCAAGAAGCGUGGUGGGGAUGUCUGUCACUUCUUUGUGGACCAUGCUCUGCGUUGUGCCACGGAACAAGAAGCGACGGAACGCCAAAACGAUGAAGUGGAGCCGCCCGUUCCAACGAAGCCGUCGACGUCCAAGCAAAAGGCAGCCAAGCGCAAAGUGCUGGCAGCGAAGCGGAAUUUGGGGCCGAAAGUGCAACGCUCCCCGAGCGACAUCAGGGCCGCCGUCAAGGCAGUACCAUUGGUGGCCCGCCAGAUAUUGCGUUCUGUGGCAGAGCACUCUGGGGUCCCGAAGACCACCCUCGUUCGACACAUGGCGGAAGAAUACCAACUGAAGUGCAAGUCAAGCUACUCCAAGCCGUUUCUCACCGAAGACAACGAAAGAAGCCACGUGAAGUAUGCAAUGUCUUUUCUUUUUCAUCCGUAA